AUGAUGCAUUUAUCAAACUGCUUACAGGACUAUGAAUUUCGUCAAACCCAAUCCAAUAAUAGUCUGCAACAACUCGGAACUUUUGCAGUGCAUCAGAAUAAAAUAGGUUUUCAGGUUUACCCACAAUAUCAGUUAAAUGUAACGAACGAGGCGGUUCCCUACCAUUUGCAAGGAUGUGGUGGACAGUUGCUGGAAGCUGGCUUGAAUAAACAAGAAUCAGAUUCAUCGCAAAUGAAUCUAUGUCGUAUUUCUCGAUUUCUUUCUGAUGAAAGUUUCCAGAAGCAUUCUGUCAUCCAGCCUGUGCUCCCGGCUAAAAUCCUAAGUACCACUGAUAAUUCCAUCAGUUCUGAUUCAGAAGAUUAUCCACCUCCUCCUGGUUAUUUUUUAACAACUUUUUACUCUGACAUUACUUAUAAAAAACGUUUUCUUUGUGCAUUCUCUCUACAUACCUGA